AUGACAGAACCAGCGACCAAAGUCGAGGGAUUGCCCAAGUUUUCCCGGCACAUCACCACGCACAAUGCAGACGGAAAAGCGAUAUUCGCAACUGCGGACCCUGCCAACCCGUCGUCUUCGUCGAACACUUCUGGCGCAGGGUCAAUAUCCCCAGAUCCUACGUGGACGAACUUCCCUACUUCUGGCUUCGGCCUCGCAUACGCAACAGACACCAUGCCAGCCGACUUCAACGGCGACGCUGACCUGGACGUCUACAACGGGUACCAGCAGAAACACCCAGGCAUUGUCAUCAAGGGUGGAUCAGUGUGCCGGGUGGUCGACAUGGCUCCCGGUGCAAAGUCGCCCAUGCAUCGCACCAUUUCGAUCGACUAUGGCGUCGUGCUAGAGGGCGAGGUGGAAUUGGAGCUGGACUCGGGUGAGAAGAGACUUCUUGCGAGGGGAGACAUCUUUGUCCAGCGAGGGACGAUGCACCAGUGGAGGAAUCCCAGUGACUCCAAGCCGGUCAGGCUGCUGGCGAUCCAGCUGGACAGCAAGGAAAUUGAGAUAGACGGCAAGGGAGCCUUGCCCGAACAGUUCCUGCCAUAG